AGUGUCAAUUAAUUUCUCGAGCAGGGCGCAAGAAGGAAAAAGAAGAAGUGUAUCAGGGGGCAGCCAGGAGAUCAGUUUUGUACCAUUUUUUUUUGGUUCUCAAUUAAUAGUCCCUUAGGAGGAGUCCUUUCUUAUUUGUGGACGAAAUGAAGCAACAAACCGUUUUUGUUCUUUUGGCACUGCUGUUGGUGUCGGCGAGCUGUGCCGAUGCGUUGGUGUAUGUUUAUGCAAAAACCUGCUCCACAUGCCGGUCCCUGGGAGCAAGGAACUGCGGAUAUGGCGCCCUGGGCUCGAAAAAAUACGUUUCCUGCGACGGUGCGACGGCGAUAAGAAACUGUGACGACUGCAGGAGACGGUUUGGGACGUGCCAGGAUCGUUACAUUACCGAGUGCUUCAUUGGGUGAAAAGCUGCACGAGAGCUCAGCGAAGAUUUUCUAGGAACCGACCUGGAUGUGAUAUCAAGAUAGCACUUAGUUUGUAGAAUGAUGGACGAUUCCACUUUGGACGAUGAACAAAUAAAGAAAAUUAUGUAUUUUUGAUAGUAAAGAUCGAUCCAAAAAAAUCAACUUUCAAACGCUCUUUAUCCUUAGCAAAAAGCUCACGUUUCAAAUUGAACCCACCUUAAUUUGCGUUCCUUGGGGCUGCAGCCUGACAGAAGCUUUUCCCUGGAGCAGCUUCAACAAGUCACCCCCACAUUAUGCUACACUGUAUUGUAUUGUGUUCGCGACGCCAUUGUUUCAUGGGCUAAUGUUUGGACUACGGUGAAGCUUUUGAAUGCCGUUAUAAUACGUGCCAUUUAGCUUUUGUGGAAUAAUACAGGCUCGGCGCGGUAUCGAGCAAGUGUUUGCACAUUGUGUGCAUACAGAAAUGGAGCCUGCCAUUAUUUCCAGCAGCAAAUUGUGUGGCGUCAUUUCCGACGGAUUUAACACGUUUUAUUGAUGGCUUCGCCAAGUCGUAGUACCUGUAGCGUGCAGUUUGUAGCGAAAGUCAUUUGUUUGAAAUCAAUGGGGCAGGAAAACUUGUUGAAACGGUGCUUGGAGAAAAUUUAUAAAGUCAUUAAAUAUUUAAUAGUCCUUUCCUUCA